CACAACACCAGUGUAACAACAACAACAGCCACCUUCUGCGCUCACUGAAUACUCUUUAAAACGAGUAAACAGUUUUUCUGUUUCUCUAAAAUAGGUAGUUUGUUAAAAUGCGGCGCCCAAAGUAUUUCACGCCGAAGGAGGUGUCUGUUCACAACACGCUAAAAGAUAUAUGGGUGUCGUACCUGGGCAAAGUGUACGAUCUGACACCACUGCUGGAGGAACAUAAAGGUGAUGUGUUACUGAAACCUAUCACAGAGUGUGCAGGAAAGGACAUCAGUCACUGGUUUGACCAAAAGACAAAGGAUAUUCUUACCCAUGUUGACCCGUUGACUGGCUGCAUUAAAUACUACACCCCGAGGGGGCGCUUUUUACACAUACCCCCUCCCUGCCCUCGCACUGAUUGGGCCAAUGACUUCGGAAAGCCAUGGUGGAAGGAUAACCGCUAUGAGGUUGGGCUGCUGUCUGCCAAAACACGCUGGAUCCGCAUUAUCAACACUCUAACCUCCCAAGAGCAGAGGCUGGAGGUUUGCUCUGAGGAGACUCUGGAUGAGAUUCUCCAGCGAUACCUGCGCUACAAUUCCCAUGCAGAAAGCUACACUUGGAAGCACAAUGGCGUAAAUUUGGAUAUGAGCAAGACCCUGAGUGAAAACGGCAUCCCUGAGGAGGACGAGUUUUACUGCGGAAGCCCAGACUGUGACCUUUUCUCUCCAUCCAUAUGUCUGUAUUUCAACGACGACCUCACUGAACUCUAAAAACGUAUGCUAUUAAUAUGAACAGUGGCAUAUAAUUCAUUAGAAAAUCAUAUCCACUGUGAGCCAAUUUGAGCAAGGAGCAUGAACGGCACAUCAACUAUUCAUGUGUUCAGUGUUUCAUCGAUUCCUGUCUGUGGUUAUCUUAUUGCAGCUCUCUGGGCUUCAUCCAAUCAAAUGCUGAGCAGCAGAAUAAAAAAGAUGAAUGCCAGCCUACAUAAUAAACCCCUGAACCAUAAAGUCUGGUGGUUGCCAUGGUAAUUGCUCGGAGGAAAUGCAGCAGCAACUGUAUUGUGGGCCACAGCGGGCUCUCAACCCUAAUUAAGUAGCAUUAUAUAUGUAUGCAUGUACACAGAAAUGAUUUCAUGCAGCCAACAUUUCAAUUUAAUCACUGCUUUAUGAGACUCUGCCAUUAACAUCUGCAACGUGUAUCUUUUUGCUAAGCAGUUUCCUUUGGUUGUGCUCAGUGUACUUGGUCUAAUGAAUUUUUUGGAUUGUUUUGUUCUAUGUGCACUGGAAGGAACAUUUGACACAGUGGUUCUCAUCCAGGGGGCCCACUAGGUGUUUUGAGAUGGCUUAAAAUGAUUUAAAAGACGACUAAAUAUGGAUUAACAGCUAAAACUGAAGAUGUAAGCUGAUGUCAUAUUUCUCCAUUCCCUCAACAUCUGUUUCUACAAUCUUGGAUAACCUAGAUUUAUGUGGAAUUUUAAAAAUGUGAUUUCAAGACCUACAAAAGUCAUGCACAUUUCUAUAACAAAUAUACAUUUUUCUGGUUGUCAAGCUCAGAAAUAAUCGACUGGGUAGAAACUGCUGAGAAAUCACUAUUUUCAUAUAAAAAUAAUAAUAAUAAAAAAAACCUGUAAUCACAAAUUACUACAAAAAUCAUGUAAAUUCAUUAAUAAUAUCAUGAUAAAUGAUAGUUAUUGAAACUGCAUCUGUAAUUAUGGAAUCGUAUUGUUUAUAAUAUUUUAUUUAACUACUUUAAAUAAAUGUUGCUAUUAUAAAUGUAAUUUAGAUAAUUGAUAUAAAUAUUUAAGUAAGUAAGUUGAUUUCAUAUUGCAACUUCUAGUUUUUGUAAAAUUUUUAUAGCUUUUUUCAUACUAGGAAUAUAUUGGUGGGACUUGAAAUUUUGUCAAACGACUGCAAAGGUCAUGUAAAUUCAUUAAUAAUAAUUUAAAACAUGGUAAAUAUUUGGUUAUUGAAACUGCAUCUGUAAUUAUGGAAUUUUAUUGUUUUAAUUAUUUAUAAUAUUUAACAAUUUUAUGUAAAUCUUACUAUUAUAAACAGUGUUGGGUGUAACACAUUAAUGCAAGUUAUGUAAUAUUAUUACUUUUUCAAAGUAACUAGUAAAGUAACGCAUUACUUUUUAAUUGACAGGAAAAUAUCUGAGUUACUUUUUCAAAUAAGUAAUGCCAGUUACUUUUUCCCCCAUUUAUUGAUUAAAAGCUCUCCUGUACCCAUGUUGAGAGAAAUUGGGAGUAAGAUGUUAGUUCUAGAAUAAAUGUGAACAUGGAUUAAUUUAUCUCACUCACGAAAAACAGAUUCAGUAUUCCUCAAAAUGAAUAAAAACAGUGAAAUUCAACUCAGAAUAUGACACAAACCUGCAAUAAUUAAAUAUGUUAAAUAAUACAAAUAUCCUUUAUACAUUUAAUACCAUUUUAUUAACCGAUAUCUUUGCUGCUGACCUUCGAUGAUGCAAUUCAACCAUAAUAAGCAAAAACUACUUAAGAUAAUCUAACAUUUGUUUUCCUUUUUUUAUUGCUGAAGAGUUGAUAUUUUUUCUUCUGCAUUCUACUGUACAGACAUGAAUUUACUUUUCUGAAAGCCUGAGGCUUUUGGUGUGAAAAGGCUUUUACAUUUGCCAAAAAUAGAACUUUUUAUAUUAAAAACAAACAAGCAAGCCCUGCCCAGAUUUAAAAAGUAAUGCAAAAGUAAAGUAACGCAUUACUUUCCAUAAAAAGUAACUAAGUAACAUAAUUAGUUACUUUUUUAGGGAAUAAUAUUAAUAUUGUAAUGCAUUAUUUUUUAAAAGUAACUUUCCCCAACACUGAUUAUAAACAUCAUUUAGAUAAUUUAUAGAAAUAUUAAAAGUAAAUUAAGUGUAUAUUGCAACUUCUACUUUCUUUAAAAAAAAAAGAAAAGAAAAGAAAAAUUUAAAUAAGUAGCUUUUUUCACACCAGAAGUAUCUUGGCGAGACUUCGGAUAUUGUCAAAUGACUACACAUAUCAGGUAAAUUCAUUAAUAAUAAUAUAAUAAUAAUAUAAAU